UUGUGAUUUCACCCUUAGUACCAUUGUUGAUGUUUGCUUGUCUCCCUUUCAAAUAGUGGUUUUUGUUUAUAAAUUUAAUAUAAAGAAAUACUUAAAAACUGAAUUAAAGUGCAUUAAAUUUUUUACAGUUUAUUUUUUAUAUUAAAAAUCCUUUUAAAACAGUACAAAGAAUACAAAAAAUUAAAACAAUGGAUUCAUAUAUUUCACAGCUUCGUCGAAUGUGGAUCAAUGAGGAUGGCGAUUCUUUAGCGGAUCUUUUAUCUUUACGUCACAAUCAUAUUAACAUUCCCCUAAUAAGCUCAGAAAUUGCAAUACAUAAGGCAAUGGAGAAUUUAAAUGUUCCUUUUGAUGAUUUGGUUGUCUGUCAUUUAAGAACUUUAGCUUCAGCAAAUAAAGAUGAUCCACUAUUAACGUAUAAUAAUCAGAGUUUAGCAGUUCAGUCAUUAACAAAAAUUUUACAAUUUCAAAAAGAAGAAAAUUGGAUGCUGCCUGUGAUGAAUAUGAUGUGUCUCGAAUUAAGAUUGCUUGCAGUGCGAGCUGAAAAUUCAAAAUCUAAUAAAUCUCAGAAGCCUGGCGAGGUUUUAGAAAAAAGUGCAGAAUGUUUAAUGGGUUGUUUUCGAGUUUGUGCGGCGGACAAUCGAAGCUCUGAAGAAGAUACAAAGCGAUGGGGAAUGUUGGCUCUUGUGAAUCAGUUGUUAAAAGUUUAUUUUAAAAUUAAUAAAUUACAUCUAUGUAAACCUUUAAUUAGAGCAAUAGAAUCAUCUGCUUAUAAAGAUCAUUUUGCGUUAGCACAAAAAAUUACUUACAAGUUCUUUGUAGGACGCACUGCUAUGUUUGAUAGCGAUUAUAAGACUGCUGAUGAAUAUUUAACAUAUGCUUUUGAACAUUGCCACAAGCAAUCGAUUAAAAAUAAAAGAUUGAUCCUUACGUAUUUGGUACCAGUGAAAAUGUUAUUGGGACACAUGCCGAAGAAAAAUGUCUUAGAAAAAUAUAAUUUACUCCAAUUUUGGGAAUUGAUGGAAGCUGUAAAAAAAGGAAAUUUACGCAACUUAGAAGAAGUUAUGAGUAAACACGAGUCGUUUUUUAUAGAAGCUGGUAUUUACUUGAUUGUAGAGAAACUCAAAAUUAUAGCCUAUAGAAAUUUAUUCAAAAAGGUAUAUUUAGUAUUGAAUACUCAUCAAAUACCAAUUCAAAGUUUACUCACUGCUUUAGAAAUGUAUGGAGUUGAAAAUAUUGACAUGGACGAAACAGAGUGUCUCGUUGCUAAUUUAAUUAAUGAAAAGAAAAUCAAAGGCUAUAUCUCUCAUCAGCAUAAGAAAUUAGUUAUCUCAAAACAAAAUCCAUUUCCUCAAUUAUCUUCUAUUUCUUAGUGAAAAUACAUGAUUAAAAAAACAAUUUUUUAAAAAUAAAAUUGAGAGAAAUGACAUUGACAGCAGUUGUAAAUAAAAAACGAAUGUUAUGUAUCUUACAAUAGAAAUUAUUGUGUUUAAAGAAAUCAAAUUCAUGUUCACGACAAAAAGCGCCUUUACAUUCAUAUAAAUCUGAAACAAUUUAGUUUAAGAUCAUUUAUGUUUUUGUAAAAUAGUUAAUAUUUAUAGAAUAACAAAAAUAUAUUAUUCAUGAAAGUGUAUUAAAUUCGAAAAUGUUUGUUUUUGAUUCAAACAUUACGUUUAAAUAAAGGUCCGUUAUAAUUUCCCUCGUUUUAAAAUCAAUUUUGAAAUAAAAUUUGAGGAACGCAUGACUAUUGUAUUUGUUAGAAUUUCUGCGGAGUCGAAAUUAAUGAUCUCGAAUUUUUAUGUUACCGAAUUUUAUAAAAUAAAAUUCAUAUUGAAUUGAAUUUUAAACUGAAUUUAUAAUUAAAGGAAUUUUUAUUUAGUCGAACUUUUAUAAAACAGAUUUUCUAGUUGACCGAAAUUUUCAUUUAAUUAACAUUUAAUAAAUUACAAACGAACCUGUAAACAUGUAAAUAUUUACUGAACACUUGUUCACAAUUGUAUGGAUCAGACGAAUAAAAGAAAUAUAACAGCUAUUACUAAAUAUGAG